AUGGCUCGAUGGAAAAUUCUACUGUCUGAAUUUGAUAUAGUCUAUGUGAACCAGAAAGCAGUAAAAGGGAGUGCAAUAGCGGACUUUCUGGCCAGUAGAGCACUGGAAGAUUACGAGCCACUAAAAUUUGAUUUCCCAAAUGAAGAUUUGAUUUAUGUUGCAACUGCAGAAAAAGACUUUCAAGAGGACAGUCCUUGGAAGUUGAAUUUUGAUGGAGCCUCGAAUGCUGUGGGCAAUGGGAUUAGGGCAGUCUUGGUAUCUCCCAAUGGUGAUCAUUACCCAUUCACUAGCAAUUUAGAUUUUGAUUGCACAAAUAACAUGGCGGAGUAUGAAGCAUACAUUAUGGGAAUUUGUGCGGCUAUUGAACGCAGAAUCAAAGUGUUAGAGGUGUAUGGGUAUUCUGCAUUGAUGGCCGACACAUUGGCUACAUUAGCCUCUAUGAUCAAGGUGAAUAAACAUGAGGAUGUGAAGCCUAUCCAGAUGACUAUUUAUGAGGUUCCAGCCCAUUGUUACAACAUUGACGAUGAGGAAAAAAAGGACGAUCAUCCUUGGUAUCAAGACAUAUUGCGAUAUGUAAAGAAUCGCGGGUUGGCCAACGAUUAUGUCUUAGAUGGAGAGAUCUUGUAUAGAAGAGGAAAAGAUCAGGUGCUGCUACGAUGUGUAGACGCUGUGGAAGCCAAGCAAAUCAUGGAAGAGGUGCAUGAAGGAGUUUGUGGAACACAUGCUAAUGGCUUCACAAUGGUCAGAACCUCUACCAGGGCAACACCUUUCUCAUUAGUGUAUGGAAUAGAGGUAGUUUUGCCCAUUGAAGUAGAGAUUCCUUCCCUUCGAGUUUUAUCAGAACUGAAAGUAGAUGAAGCAGAGUGGAUUCAAUCCCGAUAG